AUGAUAAAUGAUGAUCAACUUCAAAUUUGUCUUUAUCAUCCUCAUCCAAAUCAAUCUCAUCGAUAUACACGUCAAAUAAUUCGAAUAACUAAUCAAACAACAUGUCGAGAAGUUUUAACACAUUAUAUACCGGAACCAAAUACAGCUCGACUUGUUGAAACAUGUCUUGGAUUUGAACGAGAGAUUCCACCGGGUGAUUGUUUAUUCGAUGUAAUUACUCGCAAUCAAGCCAUUGAAGAAUUCAAAAUUGUUGUACGACGUUUACACGACAACAACAACAACAACAAUAACCAUAAUCAUCAUCAUCAUCAUCGACGACGAACAACGAUGCGUUCUCCAACUCUAAAUAAUAAUAAUUCAUCACCACACGAGAUAAACAAUAAUCAACAACAACAACAACAACAACAAACUAAUGGAAAUGGAUUUGCUAUUAGUAGUUUAUCAAUGGAUUUAUCAUUAUCGGAAUUACAAGAAAUGGCAGCACGACAACAACAACAAAUAGAACAUAAUCAACAAUUAUUACUUGCACGUGAACAACGUUUAAAAUAUCUUAAACAACAAGAAUUAAAACAACAACAAACAUCACAUGAUAGUUUACGUCUUAAACGUUUAAAAGAACAUAUUGAACAACAAGAACUUAAACAUUUACGUUUAAAAACUCUUCAAAAUCAAAUAAGUCAACAAAGAAAUUCAAAUUCAACACUUGCAAAUGAAUUAGAAAUAUUAAAACAAAUAUUUUUUGAUAAAGAACAUGAAUUAACAGUAGCAUUAAAUAAAGUUGAUGAAUUAACAAAACAACUUGAUCAAUUAAGAAAAAUAAAAAUAACAACAAAUAAAGAACAAUCACAAAAUAAAAAUGAAUUAGAUAAAUUAAAACAAGAAUUAAUGAUUCGAAAUAAAUUAAAUGAACAACAAAGUCGAAAAAUAGCUUAUCAACGUGAAGUUUAUGCAUCAAAACAAGCUGAAUUAAAUCAAUUAGAUCGUCGUAUAGAAGAACUUCAACAACGUUUAAAAAAAAAACGUACAUUAACAUCAAAUCGUACAACAAUAUCAACACCAUCAACAACAACAACAACAACAACCACAACAGCAGUUGUUGAACCUUUUACAUCAACAACUGGUUAUCGUACUGCUUUUGAUACUGUACAAGAUACUUUAAAUAAUGUUAAAAUUGCUGAAAUUGAAAAACGUAUGGUACAAUUAGCAAAUUCAUUUAAUGCUACAUCAUCAUCAUCAUCACCAACAAAUAUUAAUGAACAAAUUAAUAAUACAAAUAGUCCAAAAAAGACUAAUGGUAUUUCAUCAUCAAAUCAACAAUCUAAAAUCGCAUUUGCAUCAAAAAGUGAAAUAGCAGCAACAUAUAUGGCUCGUACAUCAAAUCAAUCAAUAUCUCCAUCAUUAUUAAAUAAAAAAGCUACAGAUAUAAUUGAUAGUACAACUAAAAAUGAACAACAAUUAUUACCACCUAAUCUUCGUUUAAAUGAUGAUAUACUUUCUGUACAUUUUAAUAAUGUAACAUCAACAAUAAAAAAACGUCAUUCAUUAUCAGAUCCAGCUGAUUCAUUAAUUAAAUAUCUUUCAUCAAAUGUUACAUCAAAUAAUAAUAAUAAUAUACAAUCUCAAGCAAUUCAAGUUCGUGAUGAUUCAUCAAAUCAAUUAUUAACUGAUACUAAAAUUUCACCUGUACCAACAGUUGUUGCUUAUGAAAAUCUUAUUGAUAUACAAACAAAUCUUAAUAAUAAAAUUGAUGAAGAACAACAAAUUCAACGUGAAGAACAACAAAUAAUGAUUGAAUCAAUUGUUUCUGAUAGUGAAUCUGAAGGUGAACAUUCAGAUGAUUUUGAACCAGCUAUAUCAACACCAACAACAAUAACAACAUUUACUAUGAAUCUUAAAUCUUUAUUAAAAACUUCAACAACACCAAAAAAUUUAACAAGACGUGUUAUGUUUGAUCCAUUAGCACUUCUUCUUGAUGCUGCUGUUGUUGGAGAACUUGAUCUUGUUAUGAAAGCAGCAAAAGAGGUUGAAAAUCCAAGUCAACCAAAUGAUGAAGGUUUAACAGCAUUACAUAAUGCUGUAUGUGCAUCAAAUUUUGAAUGUGUAAAAUUUUUAGUUGAAUUUGGUUGUGAUAUUAAUUUUGCUGAUAAUGAUGGAUGGACACCAUUACAUUGUGCUGCAUCAUGUAAUAAUACACCAAUGGUUCAAUUUUUAGUUGAACAUGGAGCUUGUAUUUAUGCAACAACUAUUCGAGAUAAUGAAACAGCUGCUGAAAAAUGUGAAGAAGAAGAAGAAAAUUAUGCUACUUGUUCACAAUAUCUUUUAUAUGUACAAAAUGAUUUGGGUGUAAUAAAUAAUGGUAUCGUUUAUGGUUUAUAUGAUUUUGAACCCAGUAAUACAUCAAAUGACUCCAAUAAUAAUGAACUUGCAUUCAAAGAUGGUGAUCAAUUAAGAAUAUUAAGACGUGGUGAUGAAAAUGAAAAUGAAUGGUGGUGGUCUAAACAUGAAACUACACAACAAGAAGGAUAUGUACCACGAAAUUAUCUUGGACUUUAUCCAAGAGUACGACCAGGCUCAAUGGCUUCAACUAGUUAAAUUAUAAAAAAGAAAAAAGUAACAAUGAGAAAAGAAAUAACAAUAAAACAAGAUGAUUUUUGGCGUUUAAUCAAUCGAGAAUCGUUUCUUUUACGAUGCUUUGAUGCUUAUCUACAAUAUCGUAUAUCUGCAACAAAUAACGAAUACAUUUAUGUACAAGUUAACUGUAUUGAUAAAACUAUCGGUGAACAUGCUGAACAAUAUAUUUUAUCUUAUCUUGAACCAAAACAUACAAAAUCAAUACCCUAUCCAUUAGAAUAUAAACAAAUAUUAUGUGAUGAUGAGUUAUUGAAUCGUUUAAUGAAAGAAUAUUUAGUUCAUAUUGAAAUUGAAGAUAAAACUGAUACAUCAAUGCUUACAUUUCAUUCAACUACAUUAACUGUUUUAUUUUUGGCAAUAGAUGAUUUUCGAAAAGCUAUAUCAAAUGUUCUCGCAUCAGAUAAAUCUAUAAUAAUGGAUACACAAUCAGUAUUGGAAUCUUUGUCAAAUAAUUUUGAAAGUCAAUUAACAACAGUUGAUCAACAAGAUCAAUUUGAUGAACAAGAAAAAGCUUUAAUACCAAUGAAAAAUAGAAUAAUAAAAAACGAUAAUAAUGAUCAUGAACAACAACAAGACGAAAGUCUUCUUUUUUCUUCUGUUCGACAAGAACCAAAAUUGAAAAUUCCUUUUCCCGGUGCUGAGCCAGGAGCUCGUGAAACUGCUUUAAAUGAAUUUAUUGUUAAACCAAAAAAACAAAAUAUACAUUCUCGUCAUCAUAAUCAUCGUCAACAAAUGUCGGAUAUUAAUGAUAAUGAUCUUGUACGUGAAAUGCGUCAAAAAUUAAAAGGACGAACUUUACGUGAUGUUAUUAUUGAUGGAGCAAAUAUUGGAAGAACAUAUGGAGAUUCUGAAUUUUCUGCACGUGGUAUUAAAUUAGCUGUUGAUUUAUUUCAAUCAUAUGGUUAUCCUGAUUCAAAAAUUGUUGUUAUUUUACCAGCACAUUAUUUAUCAAAAGAUAAAGAACAUGUUUUUCCUGAUUUGAUUCGUCGAAAAAUAGUUCAUAAAGCAUUUCAACAAAAAAUUGAUGAUAAAAAUAAACGAUUUUAUGAUGAUAGAUUAAUUGUUGAUGUGGCUGUAGUACGUAAUGGUAUUAUUCUAUCGAAUGAUUUCUAUCGUGAUUUAUUUCAAGAUUCAGGUGAUGCUGUACGAAAAGCUAUACGAGAAAGAUUAUUAUGUUAUCGAUUUAUUGGAGAUAAUUUAUGUUUACCUAAUCCAGUAUCUGAAGGAGGAUUACCACUUGAUCGAUUUCUAUCUAUGUGA